AUGCUUGUUCACUCUCUCCCGACACGCGACGUGUCUCAACUUGAUCGGUGCCACAGUUACGUCAGCGAGUUUGAUGCGGCGCCUGAAUACCCGGAUUUCGCCGAGAGAUUGGCGGUUAGGCCAGACCAGGUGCAGUUCAUCGACAUCGACGAAGAGGCCACGACAUUAUGGGAAGAAAGCAUGAAACAUGCCGGGUCGUUGGAUUGUGGAAUGUUCAGAGCCAAAGCAAAAGCUCCACCACCAUCGUCUGGCGGAAAGGCCGCUAAGAAGAAGAAGUGGUCGAAGGGAAAGGUCAAGGACAAAGCACAGCACGCCGUCGUCUGUGACAAGGCUACCUUCGACCGUAUCAUGAAGGAAGCUCCCACCUGGCGUCUCAUCAGCCAGAGUAUUCUCAUUGAGCGGUUGAAGGUCAAUGGAAGCUUGGCACGCGUUGCAAUUAGGCAUUUGGAGAAGGAGGGCUUGAUCAAGCGCAUUGUGCACCACUCUGGUCAACUCAUUUACACCCGGCUAACAACCGCAUCAGACUAG